CUGGAGACGGGGUUUAUUUUUAUACAGAAAAAUGGCGGCUUUAGGCUCAAAUACUACCUCGGAGAAAGCAGGCACCGCGUCUGAAGGCCAGUCGGGACCGGAUAAUGAUUUUUGUGCGGGACAGGUUCCAGUGGUUCUGCGGGAUCCAGCGAUUAAAUUGCUGAGUCCGGUUAGCGGUCUAGAGCCCCUGUCGUGGGCAGAGGAUCACAGACUGGCGGCCUCCAGCACUAACAGCGUGUCUAUCAUGGAGCUGGUGUCUGACAUACACAGUCUCAGUCAAAAUCUGGUGCUGCAUCGCAGUCACAUCCCUGUGCCGGACAGCGCUUGUGAUCUCAAGGUGGGCCCAGAAAAGGAAGUCCAAACUGUUAAAGAAAGCUUUGCAAAGAGUAAAGAUCCAGUAAUAAGCCAAAUGAUGCUGAUAGACAGAGUCAUCCAUCCUCAAUGUGGACGUCUCCAUGGCGUGAAAUACACCAGCUGGUCACCAUUAGGCUGCGACAAAUAUGGCCGCUGUCUUCUUGCUUUCUUAACACUGGACAAUCGUCUUACAAUCCACAGCAGUCACUCGCGAUUGCGAUGGACGACUCUCCUGGACCUUACAGAACUAUAUGGGGAAAUGUUAAAAUCCAGAAACUACUCUGCUCAGAACGACGGCUCACCACCAAACUCCAUUAAAGACUUGGAUGAACUGCAACGGCGGUACCGUAUGCAGACGCCAGUCCGCAUGGAAUGGUCGGGUCUGUGCAGUAUGCAGCAAGUACAGACCAAUAAUGCCUGUAAAGAUGUUAGCACAGUGCUUCUGGCUGUACUAAUGGAGAACGGAGACGUGGUAGUGUGGCAGUUCAGCUUGCCCCCAAAGGGAAAGGAUUCAGUAGUGUCUUGCAACACUAUAAUAUCCGGAGUGUUGUCACCAAGCGUGCUCACCUGGUGGGAAUAUGAGCACAGCGGGCGGAAAAUGAGUGGACUGAUUGUGGGAAGCUCAGUUGGACCUGUAAAGAUCCUUCCAGUCAACCUCAAGGCAGUGAAGGGUUACUUCACCCUCAGGCAGCCUGUGGUUUUAUGGCAGGAUAAGGACCAGAUACCCGUACACAACAUCAAAUGCAUUACGCUCUUCCAUCCACACCAGAAAUGCAACUGCAGCCUAGUGGUUGCUGCACGUGGUCCUUAUGUGUUCUGGUGCUUGUUGCUGAUCUCCAAAGCUGGUCUCAAUGUUCACAACUCCCAUGUUACAGGCCUUCAUUCCACGCCUAUCAUAUCAAUGACAGUCUGUCAUAACAGCGGGACUAUUUUCACAUGUUCACUAGAUGGUAAGGUGAAAAAGCUCAUGCCUGUUUUCACAGACGUUGCAGUUGAGUUUAAACAGGAGGAGAUUGUUCUCCCAGAGGGAGUUGUGGGGCGUCGUAUACAUGGCAUAUCCAUGAGUCCAAACGGUGCCUACUUGGCUCUCAUCUCUAACGAGGGCAUGAUCAGUGGGCUUCAUCCUGUCAAUCGCACUUACCAGGUGCAGUUCGUCACCCUUAAGACUCCAGAUGAAGCGGCUGCUGAGCUGCUUGAGUCUCAAAUGCACAGUCUCUUCAGCAAGACCGACAUGCUGGACCUGCUACGAUGGCGGAUACUGAAGGACAAAAGCAUCCCUUUGGAUCUUCAGAACAAUCUAGAUGAGAAGCUCCGAACCUCAGGGUCCACUUACUUAUGGCGCCUCAAGCUUUUCCUUCUCCGGACGCUCUAUAAGUCUAUGCAGAAAACCCCUUCAGAGCACCUGUGGAGGCCGACUCAUAGGGAGUUAGUCGCAGAUGAGGAGGCAGGUGGAGGUGAAGAAGAGAUGGCGGAGAUCUCCGCUCUAGAGGAGCUCAGGCAAGCCGACGCCGAAAGGCAGUCCAGUGAGGAACAAAUGAGGGAAAUCAGCAGCAGGAUCGAAGAGGUGGAGUCCCAACUGAUCCGCGAGAACAUGAAGAAGGUGCUGGGCGAGGUUUACCUGCACACCUGUGUUACACAAAACACAUGUAUACCUACCAAAGGUGUGUGUGACUUCCUCACAAAUGACCCUGCAAAUGAAGACAGGGCAGCCAAGGUGCUGAUAGGUCAUAUCAUGAAUAAGAUGAACAAACAGACGUUUCCAGAGUAUUGCAGCCUCUGUAAAGAAAUUCUGCCUUUCACGGACUGCAAACGGGCAGAGUGUAAGAAUGGGCACAGAUGGCUCAGGUGUGCGCUGUCAUAUCAGGCCUGUCAGGGUGUGACAUACCGCCGCUGUCUAUUGCAGGACAGUAUUGCCUCAGUAGCAGAGCCCGAGGAUUCAGACUGGAUCAAGAAAAUACUCCAAGGUCCCUGCAUCUUUUGUGACUCCCCUUUCUACUAAAGCAGCGGGGUGAAAGAUGGCAAAAUCUCCACGGCUGACUACUGGAUUACUUAAAUGGGUUGCAUCCCAGAUAAAUGACUAAAUGCCUUUUAUUACUUGAAAGAGAAACAUAAAGUAUUUGCUAAUUAUUUUGUAAUAUAGGACAUUUGGGAGACAUUCUUCUCAACAGAUCUUUAUUUUAAAGCCAAGCUUUAGCUAAAAAGUGAUGUAUAAUUUUUAUAUCAUAAAAAAAUAUGACUGUAUGUGUUAAUAAAUUAUUCUAUUGAA